GAGUGAGAGAGAAAAAGAGAGAGAGGGAGAGGGAGAGGGAGAGAGAGGCAGAGGGAGAGCUGAGGAAAGAAAAAAAGGCAAGACUUGGCACAGCUCAGUCAAAUCAGCUUCUUUUGUCUGCUUUCUCGGCUUGAGCUUCAGGAAAGAAAAUCGUCCUGGGGUACAGAAAAACUCAGAACUUUUUGGUUUUCAAACUUAGAAGGCUUUUUAAGUCUCUUGGGCUAUUUGAAAGUGUUGGUACAUUCAAUGACGUUUGGUUACCAGUAUUUAGGGAAAUAAAAGCCUUUUUCAAAAUGAAGCUUCCACAGUGUCCAUGCAUUUGGGAAAUACUGUACUUGAUUUUUUGCAUGUAUGAUUAUACCAUGAGAGACAGGAUUAAUAUAGAAGAUGGCAAGGCAAAUUUCUAAUUAGAGGGAAUAUUAAUUUUCUACAAAAUAAAGUUUGUUCAUCAAUACAAACCUGCUUUCAAAUCAAAUCAGACAUCCUUCGGAAUGUGUUCAGAACCCAAACAUCAUGUCAAUGGCAACAGAACAGUUGAACCUUUCCCAGAGGGAACACAGAUGGCUUUAUUUGGAAUGGGCUGUUUCUGGGGAGCUGAGAGGAAAUUCUGGACCCUGAAAGGAGUAUAUUCAACUCAAGUUGGUUAUGCGGGAGGCUACACUUCCAACCCUACUUACCAAGAAGUCUGCUCAGGAAAAACUGGCCACGCAGAAGUCGUCCGAGUGGUGUACCAGCCGGAGCGCAUCAGCUUCGAGGAGCUGCUCAAGGUCUUCUGGGAGAACCAUGACCCGACCCAAGGCAUGCGCCAAGGCAAUGACCACGGCUCUCAGUACCGCUCAGCCAUCUAUCCGCCCUCGGCCGUGCACAUGGAGGCCGCCCUGCGGUCCAGGGAAGACUACCAGAAGGUCCUGUCAGAGAAUGGUUAUGGCCAGAUCACGACCGACAUCCGGGAGGGACAGGCUUUCUACUAUGCAGAGGAUUACCACCAGCAGUACCUGAGCAAGAACCCCGAUGGCUACUGUGGCCUCGGGGGCACUGGGGUGUCCUGUCCGCUGGGGAUUAAAAAGUAAUAUCUCCCCAUGUGGUGGGCCCUUGAGGUCACAGCAGAAACGCUUCCAACAAAUUGGGCAGUUCUUUUGAGGUUCACGUCGCUGGCUUUUUGAAGUGCACGAAGCACAAAGGCCCUGGUGGAAAUCUGGUUUAUUGAGGUGUAAUUUACACACAGCGCCAUGGCAAGUUGAUAACAUGUAAUUUAUUUCCUAAUCAGGUGUGGUGGGAGUGGAGCUGUGAAGUUCUGUGGAUCAUCUGGGGUCUGAAUGAGGAUAAUGAAUAUGCUGUAUUCACUGUUCUCGUGCCUGGGUGCCUGCCGUAGAAGCCAGGGGAGGAAGGAGGAGAGGGGGGCUGGAUGGGGCAUGCUGGAAAUCCUUCAUCCAAGCCCUGCCCACCUCACACACCCUGUGCCCUCCAGUGCCUUAAAAUCCCCCCAAAUUUAUAGCCUCAAUGAAUCAUUCACUGAAAUGCUUUGCUCUCUGAUCCUGCACAUGUGUAAGGGGCUUUCUCUCGCUCUUUGGCCCUCCUGUGGCAGAGAAAACGUGAGUUAGCUUGAUGAAUUCUAGCACGUUGCUUACAGCUAUGAGAAAUGCUUGUUCUAAUAAAAGACUACAGUCUAAUAAUACAAA